AUGGCGCAACUUCUGCGCCUUAUGAUGGAAGACCGUGAGGCAGCCCGUGAGGAGCGCCAAGCUAACCUUGCUACCCUUCAGCACCUCACUCAACUUGCUACCGGAAACGCCAACCACGAUAAUGGCGGGAACGGAAAUGGAGACCCCCGCUCUACGCUGAAGGAUUUUCAGAGCACUAACCCACCUGUUUUUGCCAAGUGCACUGAACCUCUUGACGCUGAUGAUUGGCUUCGUACCAUAGAAAACAACCUGGAGGUCGCCAGAGUCGGCAAUGAUGAGAAGGUGUUGUUUGCCACUCACUUUCUUUCUGGACCUGCGCGUGCUUGGUGGGAAAACAUCAAAGCCAUGCAAGUUGAAGAACACGUCAUCAACUGGGAAGAAUUCAAGGCCAAGUUCCGCAAGACGCAUAUCCCCUCUGGGCUGAUCAAGCUCAUGAAGGACAAGUUCAUGAACCUGCGGCAAGGAAGUAUGUUUGUGGUGGAUUACCUGGACAAGUUCACCACUCUGUCUAGGUAUGCUCCUGAGGAUACCAACACUGAAGAGAAGAAGAAGGACCGCUUUCUGAACGGUCUGCACGAUGAGCUGCAAAGUAUCUUAGUAGUUGUCCCAUACCCCGACCUCGAGUCUCUGGUGGAUGCUUCCAUCAUGGUUGAGAGCAAGCGCAAGAAUGCAUUUGAGAAUCGCAAGCGCAAGGCAAUGAUGUUGCAAGGCAGCUCCAGCACUCAGCAACCCCGCAGUCUGCCCCCACCUAGGCCGGCACCCCAGCAACAGUGGACCCCUCCCCCUGCACCACGUCCCAACCACCUCAACCGAAAUCCCAACUACAACCGCCAGAACAACACUGUUCGCAAACCCCCCAAUGGAUGCUACGCUUGUGGACACCCGGAUCAUUACUCUAACGAGUGCCCCAACAAGGUGACUUCCGGACAGUGCCCCAAUGCGCCCAAGCCAAAUCAAGGAAAAUCACGCACUGCUUCUGGCAGGAACCAGAACCAUAUGAAACCAGCUGGACCACCUAGAGGACACCUGAACCAUGUCAACGCUGAAGAAGCUCAGGAAGCUCCAGAUAUUGUUCUGGGUACGUUCCUUGUCAACUCGGUACCCUCAACUGUUCUGUUUGAUUCCGGAGCCUCGCAUUCCUUCGUUACCAAGCCUUUUGUGAGAAAAGGAGGUUUAACCCCCACCCCCAUGAAGCGACCUAUGUUAGUCCAAAUCCCUGGAUCCACCAGCAAAACCCAAAGUUCAUGCAAGGAGGUUCCCAUAGAAAUUCAGGGAAAGCGUUUUCACGCGGAUCUGAUCGUAUUAGGAGAGCAAGGCUUAGAGGUUAUCCUCGGAAUGAAUUGGAUGUUGAAGUAUAAGGGAUACAUAGAUUGUGUUCACCGAGCUAUAACCCUGACUGCUGAGGACGGUGAAGUAGUUGAGCAUGUAGCCACCAUGCCAUCAUCGAAGGCCCUAUGCAAGAAGAGUGUCGCCAGUCCAGCCCUGCAUGAAGUACCCGUAGCUUGUGAAUACCCUGAAGUUUUUCCUGACGAAUUACCCGGUAUGCCCCCUGAUCGGGAUAUUGAGUUUGUCAUUGAGCUAGUUCCAGGAACUGCUCCUAUCGCUCAACGACCCUACCGGAUGAACCCCCAAGAAUUAGUCGAGUUGAAGAAGCAGUUGGAUGACAUGUUGAGGAAAGGGUUGAUUCGCCCGAGCGCAUCACCCUGGGGAUCUCCUGUUAUCUUUGUGGAUAAGCGGGACGGUACCAUCCGCCUGUGCGUGGAUUACCAGAAGCUUAAUGAUGUCACCAUUAAGAACAAAUACCCUCUCCCGAAAAUUGAAGACCUGUUCGACCAGAUGAAUGGAGCCCGAGUUUUCUCCAAGAUUGAUCUCCGUACUGGCUAUCAUCAACUCAAAGUGCGAGAAUCGGACAUUCCCAAGACUGCCUUCACCACACGGUAUGGACUUUUUGAAUAUACCGUGAUGUCUUUUGGACUAACCAAUGCCCCUGCCUAUUUCAUGAAUCUCAUGAACAAGGUGUUCAUGAAGUACCUCGACAAGUUCGUCGUGGUUUUCAUCGAUGAUAUUCUGAUCUACUCCAAGAAUGAAGAAGAGCAUGUUGAAUAUCUGCGGAUUGUUUUGGGAACUCUUCGAGACCAUCAGCUUUACGCCAAGUUUAGUAAAUGUGAGUUUUGGCUGAAAGAGGUAGGAUUUCUUGGUCAUGUCAUAUCUGCCGGAGGAGUAUCCGUCGACCCAUCCAAAAUUCAGUCCAUCAUGGAGAAGAAAGCCCCAACAAACCAGACCGAAGUCCGCGCGUUUCUAGGAUUGGCGGGUUAUUAUCGUAAGUUCGUCGAGGGAUUCUCCAGCAUUGCGAGACCCUUAACGCAGCUUUUGAAGAAGGAUAAAAAGUUUGAGUGGACAGAUAAGUGUGAGGCCAGUUUUCAGGAACUCAAGAAGAGAUUAGUUACAGCCCCCGUCUUGACCAUGCCAGAUAUCACCAAGAAUUUUGAUGUGUACUGCGAUGCAUCGAAACUUGGUUUGGGAAGCGUGCUGAUGCAAGAAGGCAAGGUGAUAGCCUAUUUGUCAAGACAACUUCGACCGCACGAGAUGAACUACCCCACGCAUGACUUAGAGCUUGCUGCUGUAGUUCACGCCCUGAAGAUCUGGCGCCACUAUCUAGUGGGAAAUCGCUGUGAAAUCUACACUGACCACAAGAGUCUGAAGUACAUCUUCACUCAGCGAGAGCUGAAUAUGAGGCAGAACAGAUGGAUGGAACUUAUCAAGGACUACGAUCUCGGUAUUCAUUAUCAUCCCGGUAAAGCCAAUGUCGUAGCUGAUGCCCUGAGUCGAGAGCCAUGUUCGUUGAACGCCCUGAUCAAGAUUGCUCAACCCAAACUAUAUGAAGAACUUGCGGAGUUCGGCCUCGAGUUGGUUAGCCAUGGUUUCCUGGCGAAUCUUGAGCUGAAGCCUACUUUGUUUGAUCAGAUCAAAGAAGCUCAGAUGGGACAUGAAAGUAUUGAAGGAAUCAAGCGUAGGAUGGAUAGGGAAGAAGUUCCUGGUUUCACAAUUGAUGCCAAGGGAGUUUUGUGGCUGAACAUCAGCGACCAGCUGGACUGCUCCAACCCCUCCAAGUCGCCGAAUGGAAAUGGGAAGAAGUCGGAAUGGAUUUCAUUACUGGACUUCCUAAAUCUCAGCGUGGUCAUGACUCCAUCUGGAGGAUCCCCUGAUGCCGUCGCCAUCGUCUUCCCACCUGCACGGCCGUCACCGUCGUGGGCGACCGUGCCGUCGUUUGGGUGGUGCGUGUCGGAACUGCGACCGUCCCUGCGCAGCCCUGAGCCGCUGCUCCUUCCUCGGCCUCUGUCCGUCGUCGCCAGCAAGCCCGAGAAGCUUGCUGGUUAUUGUCUGGUUCACAAAUCAAAUAUCAACCAGUGA